UCAUUCUGCAUAAACCCGCAGUGCAGGCAAGAAUGGCGUUUUGUAAUAUAAUGGUUGCCAUAAAACAGCUCUGUAUCUCGUUUGCAGUAUUAUUAGUUCCCACCAACCCUCAACCGAGUACAUCAAGUACAUCUCCUACACCUCUGAAUGAAGAACCACCUACAGCGAAUGGCAACCCACCGACAGAUAAUGAAGAGCCAUCUUCAAAUAACGACCCAAGUACAGCUAAUGGAGAGUCAACUUCAAACAACGACCCGCCAACAGAAACCGAAGAGCAAGCUUCAGAUAGUGACCCACAAACAAUUAAUGAAGAGUAACCAAGUAACGACCCACUAACAGCUGAAGGAGCUGUUAAGGACCACCUAAAGGACCACCUUCAAGCAUUGACCCACCAAUUGUAAGCGAAUGGCCUGCAUCGCACUAGAAAAAUGUCAAUGCACUAUUACA